GGGGUCAGGGUGCUGCCCGUGGGCAGGGCCCCCCACAGCCCCCCAUGGAGGGGCCGCGGCUGCGAUGGGGAGACUGGGGUUGUGGCCCGCAUUGGGGGCACUGGGAGCUGUGGUUUUUGCACUGGUGGGACUGGGAGCUGCAUCUUGUGUUGGUGGCACUGGGAGCUGUGAUUUUGCACUGGUGGGACUGGGAGCUGUGAUUUUGCACUGGUGGCACUGGGAGCUGCGAUGUUGCGCUGGGGGGCACUGGGAGCUGUGUCCUGUACUGGUGGCUACUGGGAGCUGUAGUCCACGUGCACGCGUGGCACUGGGAGCUGUAGUGCAGGGCGCACGGGUGUGUGCUGGGAGCUGUGGCCCGGUGCACUGGUUCGGCCGUGGCAGCAUGGGGGGGACGCAGUCGCUGGCGCUGCCCCCGGGGAAGGGACCUCACCAGGUGGGCUGCGCGGAUGUCAUGGUGGGCCACACGCGGCAGGGACUCUUCCUCCGCCUCUUCUACCCCUGCCUGCCCCGGGCAGGGGCCGAGCGGCCGCUCUGGAUCCCACGCUACGAGUACUGCCGUGGGCUGGCCGACUUCACCCGCCGCAGCCGGCGCUGGUGCGCGCCCCUGUUCAGCAUCGCCGUCGGCUCCUGCAAAGUGCCGGUGAGCUGGAACGGCCCUUUCAAGCCCUGCAGCAGCGGGUACCCACUGAUCAUCUUCUCCCACGGCCUGGGAGCCUUUCGGACCCUGUACUCCUCGGUCUGCUCGGAGCUGGCAUCCUGGGGUUUCGCGGUGGCAGCACUGGAGCACAGGGACCGUUCUGCCUCCGCGACGUAUUUCUGCAAAGCAGAGGCUGGGAGAGAGGAGUGGAUCCCCUACCAACGGGUGCCCCAAGGGCAGAAGGAGUUUUAUUUCCGAAAAAAGCAGGUUCAUCAGAGAGCGGAGGAAUGUGUGCGAGCGCUCCAGCUCUUCGAGGACAUCAGCAGUGGUAAAUCUGUCCUGAACGUCCUUCACCAGGACUUUGAUCUCUCUGUGCUGAAGGACAGUGUUGAUCUGACCAAAGUCGCUGUCAUGGGCCAUUCCUUUGGCGGGGUGACAGCAGUGCUGGCCUUGGUGAAAGAGCCCAGCUUCAGGUGUGCAGUAGCUCUCGACGCCUGGAUGUUCCCCCUGGAGAACACGCUGUACCCAGAGGUGCCCAAGCCCGUGCUCUUCAUCAACACCGAGAAGUUCCAGACACCAGAAAGCAUUGCCAAAAUGAAGAGACUGAGCUCCAGAAACAGCCAGACGAAGAUUAUAACCAUCCUGGGAUCUGUGCACCAGAGCCAGACCGACUUCACCUUUCUCACCGGGAAACUUGUCAACCGCUUCUUUGGCCUGAGGGGGACUCUCGACCCCUACAAGGGUCUGGACAUCACCAGCCGGGCAGCUCUGGCCUUCCUGCAAAGGCAUCUCAACCUGGAAGAGGAGUUCGAUCAAUGGGACAACCUCCUCGAAGGCAUCGGAGACUCAGUUGUUCCAGAAGCACCGUUCUGCCGCUCCAAGCUGUAGCCUGCUCCGAGGUUGCUGGUGGGAGCUGAGGAAAGCAGCUACUUCUUGUCCAAACUGUACCAUGCAGGAGACAACAAGGGCAGGAGGACCCAUGGGGAGAGCAGGACCUGGGGACCGUGCUCGUAGGAUGUCUGGUGGCCGUGGUGCUCAGCGAGCGUGCCAGAGAGCCCUCCCUGCUCAAGCGCUGCCUGUUGUGGCUGCUGCCUGCAGUGAGGGCUGUGGGACUAAGAGAAUAAAAUCCCCGGGACAAAGACUGAGUUGGCUGUCACUUGGGCCUGAGGUGACACCCUGCUUGCAUGCAGAGGGUAGGUGGGCAUCCAUCCCUCGCCGGCCCUGGCUGGAUCUGCUGCAGCUGUGGCACAUCUGGCAGGAGCAGGCAGGUCAUUUGCUGUGGGUUGGCAGCAGUUCAACCACAGCCAAAAGAACCAGCGCAAAGAGGUGCAGCAUCAGGGCUCCAAGCACAAAGGUAAAGAAAAUCUUAUCGUCUUCCUGGAAAGCUGGCCAGAUUGCUGACUCCACGCCUCACAUCUGGGGAUAAAAAGAAGGAGGAUGGUUUUAAACACGGGACUCGCUGGAUGUAUCUCUGAGCACCCCAGCAGCACAGGGGUGUGAAACAGGGACUGGGAUCAGCCCUGGGGACGGAAGGAAAACAGCCCAGCCUGGUUUUGCAGCAUGAAGAGCAAUGCUGCUGCAAACAGGCACGUGCUGGCGGUGGGAAUAAGGCACUUUGGAAGUACCUAUAUAUAGCACAUUCCUGGGUAACGCCAGAGACGUUAGAGCAAGGGGUGCUUUUUAAGGGGGGGUCCGAUCCUCAGCUAUCCUGAAGCCGGCGGAGAUCCAUGGAUUUACCCCACUGGAGACCCUCCCCAGGGUCCUCGCUGGCACUGCGACCGGAGAGGCGGCAGGCAAUCCUGGACACGCCGCCUCGGCAGCUGCUGGGAACAUCCGGGCUCCCGGCACACCAUCUGCUUUUGCAUUGUCCCCGCAGCCGCCGGCAUGGCAUUCCUGCUGGGGGAUGUGAGGGGGGACGGCAGCGGCAGCCUUGGCUUUGCUUCACCUCCUGCCAUCAAAGAGAGAAGCUGCAGCAGACGACAGCGCCCGGUGCAGGAUUUCCUGGGGUGCCGAGGAUGGAAGAGAGGGGAGUUUGGGUGGCACAUGCUAUUCCUCACCCAGUGACAGCAGGUGACAGGCACCAGCAAAGCCCUUCUCCCAGGGGAAGAAAGGGGAAUGGAAAAGCAGCAUCUCAGUCCUCCGGUGCUCGAGUUGUUUGUGUCGCCGUGAUGGCCACGUCCUCGCCUCGCUGGUGGCCCCUGGCCCCUCUUAGUCGAGGGCGAGUCCUAGGGCUGAGGGUGCUCCGGGAUGGCCUCGGGGGGAAGGCAAAGGGCUGUGCAGUAGCAGAGGGGACAUCUUUCAACGUCUGCUCCAUUCUCCAGUGACACAAAGGACUGAUGUGAACAGGAUCACAAGACCCCGGUGCUUUUGAGGCUUCGAGAUUUUUUUUUUUAAUUUUUACACGUAAAACACCAUUUCUAGCCCUGGGAGCAGGCUGGGGUGUGACAACCCAGGGAUCCUCAAGACCGUCGUGCUGAGAUGCUGAGGGUGGGUGGCGGACGUUCAAGGUUGAUGUAUGCGAUGAAUCGUGUGGGUGAGCCGGGGGGGAUGGACAGAGCCCGUCAGGUCCUGUUUUGACAGUGAGAGACAGUGACUGGUGCAGAAAUCAAAUCCCAUUUUCCUCCCUGAAUUAGCAUGGCAGGGGAUCUGUGCUGGCAGCUACAGGGGAGCAGCCCGGUUGCCGCUCCAGCACGGCACAGCUGAGGCAGGCUAUAAAUUCUGCAAGGCUCUUAUGUAAAGGCUUUCAGGGAAGGGGGUGGCAGAAACCGACUGUGCUCAGAGGGUGACUCUGACAUUCGUUAACCCUUUGGUUCACAGAAAGCCAUUUAUUCCCAUCACCAGUACCCGUGGGGCUGGGGGGAGCGGGGAAGCGGGCAGAUGUCCUUCUGCCUGGCCCUGCAUCCCUUCGCUCUCCGCUCCAGAGUCGGCCUCUGCACCCAGGACCACAUUCCCAAUUGUGUUUGUGCCUCGGGAGGAAAACCCAGCUGGAAGAAAGAGGGGAGUUCAAAAACGCUCUAGGGUCACUUGGGGCAGGGCGGACACCCUCUUUCCUCCACUCCAUCGGCCCCUCUCUGCUCUCUGUGGGAUGUGGUAGUGUAGGAGCCCUCUCCAAGCAUUUUCCUACUUCACUGACUCACUGCAUCUGCUUUAAAAUCCAGCCCAGAGCCAUCUCUUCAGUCAGGCUCCCCUUGCAAGCAGCACUUUACUUCAGAUCCCCAUUACAUGCUCCAGCCUCGAGGCCGGAGGCAGCGUGCAUGAAAGAUGCGGCACAAAUCCCUGGCGUAGCACACGAGGAAGGUGUUUUCCCCACGUCCCAGCUUGCUUGGAUUGCUUUGCUGGGCCUGAGAGAUCGGAAAGAAAAGGGCUGGGACACCUCUGCCGGAGCCAGCGUUUCCCAGGGCAGCCAUGGGAAGGGACAGAGCAUCGUUCCCUGCCACGCGCCCAGGCCAGCAACCGGAGGGGAGAGCGCUCCAGUCUUUGGGGUGGUCUGGGCUGCUCCAGGCUUGCCUGUGCCACACUGGAAGGUUUUCUGGCAAAAAGCAGGAAUUAAGGGUUAGCCUGGUACACUAUCUGCCACAGCAGCCUGUCGGCACCAGCUCUUGGUUGCCACAGAGGUUUGGGUUUGAAUGUGAACUAGCUGGGGUUUAUAUCUGUAAAUCCCCCGUGUUUUAUCCACAGAGGGAUUUUGCUUCUCAGGGACAUGGGAAGG